AGUAAAGUUACUUCAAACAUCUACUGAGCUUCAAAUGAUGCUCGCCUGUAGUCCGGUGGAGAGGCUUCAACUGCAACUCAGCUGCAUGAAAUGGAUGUGAAUCACUGUUCAAUGCGAAGCCCUCAGUAAUUCUUGUGAUCACUAUUUGUCGGGUGAAGCUAUUUUUCGAGGAAAUACUUUCCUGUUCAUAAUAGUUGCCCUAUCUGUAGAUGGUAUUCUGAUGCCUAACUGUUUGCCACUCGAAUCUUCAAUUUGGCCACUCCUCCGAUUUGAUUAAGGUCUACUUUUCUUUGCAGGCUAGAAGACUGAUAUGGUAUAUAAAUGAAAUUUCACAUCCUCCCCCUCUCUCUUUUGCUCGUGCCGGCAUGCACACGCACACACAGAGAAAAGAAUCUUGACUGGUGGAAUCACAAUCUUCCAACAAACCAAUUAUGGUGGCACACCCUAAGUACGUAUCUGCAGAUGCAACCAUAAAAGAAGACACAGGUUGCAUAAAAGCUUGAAUUGAUUUAAGCAUGAUUAUUAGCAGCGGUGGCAGGAGCAGCAUGGCCUCUGGAGCAUUCCAUCCCCGAGUCCUGCUGGUGGAUUUAACUGCCACAACUCCCAAUCAGGAUAAGAGGAUGAAGGCACCACUACAGAGCCCAAGGAAGACAUGAACAGUGAAUAUAUACCAACGGCAACCGGCCCCCACACAGAUGUGAGGAUCCAACAGGAUAUAAUGUUAAGGUCUUAGGGCACUGACACGACAUUUGGAUGCACUGUGAAGGCACACAAGAUCGUGUGGAGAGUUAAAAGCGAUGGGGGCCCUCCUGUCUGCGGCUAAUUUUCCAUCUUUGCAGUAGGUCGAGUGCCAGCUCUCAGUUUCACUAACAGGAUUUCUAUCUCACAAUAGAAGAAGCCCAGGGCUCCCCGGGCGCCUAUAAAUACGUGCAGUUCAGGAUUCGCUGAGCACCAGAUCAGCAAGCCAGAGAGAGAGAGAGAGAAAGAGAGACAGAGAGAGAGAGAGAGAGGUUCUGAAUCAUGUCUAACCACCGUCAGCUGAUGGUGUCAAGGAAAAUCACAUGCAACUCCCAUGGGGAGGACUCUCAUUACUUCUUUGGUUGGCAGGAGUACGAGAGAAACCCAUAUGAUGAAACACGGAACCCUGCAGGGAUAAUACAAAUGGGUCUCGCUGAGAAUCAGCUUUCUUUAGAUCUUCUGGAGACGUGGUUGCUUGAGAACCCCAGAGCUGCUAGCUUCAUGAGCAGCGGUACGUCCUUGUUUAGACAGAUGGCGCUGUUUCAGGACUACCGCGGUCUGCCUGCAUUUAAGAAAGCGCUAGCUGACUUUAUGGGCGAAAUUAGAGGCAACAGAGUGAAGUUUGACCCGAACAGGCUAGUUCUCACGGCAGGGGCCACCUCUGCAAAUGAAACUUUGAUGUUUUGCCUGGCUGAACCAGGAGAAGCCUUUCUUCUUCCUACUCCAUACUAUCCCGGAUUUGACAGAGAUCUCAAGUGGCGAACCGGAGUUGAAAUUGUACCUAUACAUUGUGACAGCUUCAAUGACUUCCAGAUUACGGAAGGAUCACUGCAGAAGGCCUACGACGACGCGUUAGAUCGCAAAGUGAAAGUAAAGGGAGUUCUGGUCACCAACCCUUCCAACCCUCUGGGAACAACAUUGAGCUCCAAGGCUCUAAAGGCUCUCCUGACCUUUGUAAGUACAAAAAGGAUUCAUCUCAUCUGUGAUGAGAUAUACUCCGGCACAGUUUUCUCCCCUUCUGGGUUUACCAGCGUUGCUGAAGAUGCGGUACUGGCAGAAUGCAAUGUCUCUCGCGAAUUUGUUCACGUUGUUUGCAGUCUUUCGAAGGACAUGGGGGUUCCGGGUUUUCGUGUCGGUGCAAUCUAUACUCACAAUGAACACGUCCUAUCUGCUGCCACCAAGAUGUCUAGCUUUGGAUUGGUUUCAUCUCAGACGCAGUAUCUUCUCUCGGAGAUGCUCUCGGAUAAGAAAUUCACUCUUAAUUACCUAAGAGAAAACAGGAAGAGGCUCAGGCAGAGACAGAAGAAGCUGGUAUCUGGUCUCCAGAAAUGCGGGAUCAGCUGUCUGAAGAGCAAUGCUGGUUUAUUUUGCUGGGUGAAUAUGAGCCACCUCUUGGAUUAUCCUAGUUUUGAAGCAGAGACACGGCUGUGGAAGAAGCUCCUGCACCAAGUUGGGCUGAAUGUCUCCCCUGGUUCAUCCUUCCAUUGCUCUGAACCCGGUUGGUUUCGGGUCUGCUUCGCCAACAUGUCCGAGAAGACCCUUGCAGUCUCUCUUGAAAGAAUCAGGAGCUUCCUCUCUAAGUCUCUCCGUGGACAAUGUCCCCAGAAGGUGCUGACAGAGCCCAAGAAACUGCUACUGUACUGCAAAUCGUCCUUCACUUGGAGCAUUUUCCAACCCGAUUCUACUCAAUCUGAGCGUUUCUAGUCGUGGGGUUAGUGCUCCAGACCAAAAGUGUGCUGAACUGUCCUUGUCCCACUUUUUCCUUUUUCUUCUCCCUUUUGUUUUUUUCCCAACCUUCUUCGAGGCAUUUCCUGAAGAAGUAGGAUUGCUGCAGAAACAGGGGAGGAGUGCCAGACUAUGUAUUUUUUAUGGUGUUGUAUGAGAUUUUUGUUUCUCUCUCCCUAAUCCUCUGGCCUCAGAAUGUGGCACAAGUUAUUGUUUGAAUAUGUAACGCCCUAAUUCCGUCUGUGUAAAUUGAA